UGGGAAUCUAAAUUGAGUCUCUAGGGUUUCUUGAGAUGGCGGAAGAAGCACAGUAUUCAUCUGGAACCGAGUCUACACCUCUUAAGCGCAAGUACGAUGACCAACCCAGACCCACCGGUUUCUCCGCCCCUAUCUCCCCUCCUCCACCCGCCACCGGCAUCGAGCUUGCCAAACAGCGUGCUCAAGAGGUCGCUGCUCGUCUCCUCAGUGGUGCUCCUCCCCCUGCCUUUGAUGUCAAGCGAACCAAGGUCGACAAUGGUGCUCCUCUCACUGGCUUUGAUUCCUUUGUUAACACAGAUAUGAAGGCUCAAUAUUCAGCUCCUUCUUCUGGUCCUGUGUCUUAUGGCCAUGGUCAUCAAGGUACAACAAAGAAGAUAGAUAUCCCUAAUGGUAGGGUGGGUGUCAUUAUUGGUAAAGGAGGGGAGACCAUAAAGUAUCUUCAGUUGCAGUCUGGGGCUAAAAUCCAAGUUACUCGUGAUAUGGAUGCUGAUCCCAAUUCUCUAAAUAGGAUGGUUGAGCUUAUGGGUACUCCUGAUGCUAUUGCCUCUGCUGAGAAACUCAUCAACGAAGUUCUUGCUGAGGCUGAAUCUGGGGGUUCUGGCAUUGUUACUCGACGACUGACUGGACAAUCUGGGGCUGAUGAAUUUUCGAUGAAAAUCCCAAACAACAAGGUUGGCCUUAUAAUUGGUAAAGGAGGUGAAACAAUAAAGAAUAUGCAAGCUUCCACUGGAGCACGAAUUCAGGUGAUACCUCUGCAUCUUCCCCCAGGUGACAUGUCAACAGAAAGAACAUUAAAAGUUGAUGGAACACCCGAGCAAAUUGAGUCUGCAAAGCAGUUGGUUAAUCAAAUCAUCACUGGUGAGAACCGUCUUAGAAAUCCAGCAAACUCAGGUUAUCCUCAGCAAGGUUACCAAGCUCGACCACCGUCUAGCUGGGCUCCCCCUGUUGCUCCUAUGCAACAAUCUGGUUAUGGAUAUGUGCAGCCUGGAGGGUACUCUGGUCCAUCACCCCAGUAUAACAUGCCUCAGCCACCAUACCCAGGCUAUCCUCCCCAGCAAUCGGGUGGAUAUUCCACGAACUGGGACCAGUCCACUGCAGCUCCUCACCAGCAGUCUACUCAUGCUGGUGGUUAUGAUUAUUAUAGUCAACAGCCACAGCAACAGCAAAAUCCUGGGGGUCCUGCACCUCCAGCUGAUGGGUCCACAUACAAUUACAGUCAACAACCUUCCUCUGGUUAUAACCAGCCAGGACAAGGUUAUGCUCAGGAUGGCUAUAGUGCAUAUAAUGCGCAACAAUCUGGGUAUGGUCAGCCACCAACAUAUGACCAGCAGCAAGGCUAUGGCUCAGCUCCCAGCUAUGGUAGUGGGAGUAACCCGGCACAAGAGGGCCACACUGCCAACUAUGGAUCGCAGGGAGAUUCAGCCCAAGCUCCACCUGUUCAACCCUCCUCUACCAUUGCCCAGCAAGGUUAUGCUACCAACCAACAGCCCAGCACAAACACUGCAAACUAUCCACCUCAAGGAACUCAGCCAGGUUAUGGGGUACCCCCUACCUCCCAAGCAGCUUAUGGCAAUCAACCACAGUCUGGUUAUGGACCAGGUUAUGGACCCCCUCAAUCUCAGAAGCCAAGUAGCAAUCCACCUGUUUAUGGACAGUCACAGUCACCUAGCGCAGCUGGAGGCUAUGGUCAGUCAGCGUAUCCCCCUGCCCAGCCCCCACCUUCUGGGUAUACUCAACCAGAAUCAGGCCCGCAAAGAGCUCCACCAUCUGGUUAUGGUGGUGCAGUGCAACCAGGGUAUGGUCCCCAAUCAUAUGGUGCUCCUGGUGGCCAGCCUGGUUAUGUUCAGGCACCGCCAUCAUACGGCAACAGUUCUUAUGGUGCUGGUUAUACUCAAACUCCAGGAUAUACUAGUGAUGGUAGUGCUGGCGGCAAUGGUCGUGGAAGCUAUGAUGGAGCACCUGCACAGGCUGUUCAACAGAGUACUGUUGCUAAAGCGUCACCUCAGAGUUAAUAUUUUUGUGUUUUUUGUUAUUUUAUUUCGUUUUAUUUUCUGGAUUGAUGGUUUUGUCGUCUCUCGCGUCUCAGACUUCUUUAUAGCAUUAGUGUUUAGAUGGAAGCAUUGAUGUAUUGAAAUUUUCUACUUUUUAAAUAUUUUGUACGGUUAAAUAGGAACUCACAUUUUGAUCUAUUGUCGGAUGGUGUACUUGCAUAUUUUUUUUUUGAAUUAUAUUGACCCAUGCACCUUUGCU